AUGUGUAACCUCUCGGACUCAGUCGAUAAUUUAGUCGGAUGCGAUAACUGCGAGGCAUGGGCGCAUUAUCAAUGCGCUGGAGUAACCGACUCUAUUUCCGAGAUCGACCGAUCGUGGCAUUGCCCGAAGUGUAGAAGAGGUUCAGCUUUGGUCAACGAAAUACCAAACCCCCGAUCAGAGAGAUCGGCUGGUUCCCGACCAAGCAGACGUUCGGGGAGUCACCUGCGCAUGCUUGAAGAGCAACGGUUGCUUCGGCUGAAAGCCCUCGAAGAAGAAACGGAAAUACAACAAAAAAGAGCUGAAAAGAAACUGGAGAUCGAGGAACAGUAUAUAAGAGAGAAGUACACUUCCUUAUCGGAUACUUCUAGCAUUGGUUCCACUAGACGAAGUAUAAGUAGUAGAUCGAGUGUGCAAAUAGUCGAGAACUGGUUGGCUUGCCCCACCACGGCAUCCACUGGAGGCUUGUUGUCGUCCGUGCCGGUUACUGGACCUUAUGAACAAGCCGCAGUUGAGAAAAGACUCGGUUUCGCCUUGAGACACGAAAACAACAGUCCACUUCAAACCGGUAUCACACCCACUUCCGCUUCCACACCGCAAACUGCUUCUAUAUUUCCAAUGAUUAGCACCAACAGUUUGAUCGCCUCAAUUUCGAGUAUUGCCUCGACGACGAUGAUGAAGUGCGAUUCGGCGAAUUCGGUUGGUCACCUAAAGUUGACGCAGAGUAAUGCUGGGUAUCGAAUAGCUACUUCUGUGUGCCAACCGUCGAAAACGCAAUAUCUAGACGCUACAAGAGUUCCAACUUCUUUGAACGUUUUGAGUCAACAAUUACAAACCGGUUUUGAUGCACAUUUCAUUCCAACAACCAAAUACACUGGAGCCAUACCCAAAACGGUCGCUCAAAUGACUUUCGGCACAAAUGCAGAAAUAGGAAAGAUUCAUCGUCCCAAAUUAACUAUCGCAGAAACUUUCGGUCGUGUCAAGUUUCCUUCCAAUCUACAUCGGCGGUCAGCACCGUGCCGAGUGGAUUUUGAACCAAAAACGAUAGAUCAGUCAAAGGAUGUGAAUUUGAAGGCUGUCGAGUGCGUCACCACACCCUGCUGCAUCCACACAAUUCUGCAGAAAAUGUUUCACAACCUAGCGCUUCAGCGAACACCACGAGAAGAAAAAGAAAUUAAAACGGUCGCAUUUUUAGAUGACGGCUCAUCUUCUUCACUGCUUGAUGCCGAAAUUGCCGAAGCCAUUGGUUUAGAAGGAAUCCAGGACUCGUUUUCCCUAACCUGGACGAGUAACAUAUCCAGAGAGGAGAAAAACUCGAAACGCGUGGCGAUCGAGCUUCGAAGUACCAACGGUGAAAAAGGUUUCAAAUUGGGGAAUGUACGCACUGUUAACCAAUUGAAAUUACCACUCCAAUCUUUGGACUAUGACGAGAUGCAGAAACAUUACCCACACCUUAGAGGCCUACCAGUAGAGAGUUACUCCAAUGUUUCUCCAGGGAUUAUCAUCGGAAUAGAGCAUGUUCAUCUGUUAACCCAAUUGAAAAUCCGAGAAGGACGACAAGACGAGUAUAUGGAUAAUGUGAGUCUUCAUCAACAAAUUAGCAAAUUCUAUGGCAUAGAAGAAGCUAGUACAAACAACGUACACCAAUCAGAAGCAGACAAGUUAGCAGUAGAAAUUUUAAACAAAACCACGCAGCGCCUUAAGGACCGUUUUGAAACAGGUUUACCAUGGAGAUUUAAUCUACCGGACUUCCCGAAUAGUUUUGAAAUGGCGAGGAGUAGGAUGGUCUCAUUGGAGAAACGAUUGCAGAAAGAUCCCCAAUUGGAAUUGGCAGUAAAGCAGCAAGUGAGUAGCUAUCUGGAGAAAAAUUACGCUCAUAUCGCCACGGAGGAAGAAUUGAAUAAAACCGACCCCCGGCGAGUUUGGUAUUUGCCUCUCGGGGUUGUACAAAAUCCAAAAAAACCUGGAAAAGUAAGGCUUAUUUGGGACGCGGCAGCUCGAGUGAACAAAAUCUCUUUUAACGAUAUGCUACUGACAGGACCUGAUCUCUUGACUUCGUUGCCUUCUAUCCUGCUGAGAUUUCGGCAGAAAAAUAUCGCUGUGUGUGGCGACAUCAAAGAGAUGUUCCACCAAAUUCGCAUCCGUGCUCAAGAUAGUCAGUCACAACGUUUCUUGUAUCGUUCGAACCCCAAAGACCAGCCCCAAGUAUAUGUCAUGGAUGUGGUAACCUUCGGAGCGACCUGCUCCCCAUUUAUUUCUCAGUUUAUAAAGAAUAAAAACGCCACUGACCAUGCCGAAGAUUAUCCAGAGGCAGCCAAGGCAAUAAUCAAGGAUCAUUACAUGGAUGAUUAUUUGCAAAGCGUUGACACAAUUGAAGAAGCAGUAGCUCGAGUCCUAGAUGUAAAGUAUGUGCAAGCAAGAGGAGGCUUCGAAAUUCGAAAUUUUCUUUCCAACUCACCGGAAGUCUUGAUACAAAUCGGUGAACCCAGAUUACCUGAAAAGAAAUCAUUAAAUCUGGAACCAGGCAUCGAAGAGUCUGAUAGAGCCGAGCGGAUACUUGGAAUGAUGUGGUUACCUGCGUCCGAUCACCUAACGUUCAGCACUAGUUUACAUGAUGAAAUCUCGAAGUUCGUGGGAGGAGAGCUCAAACCUACCAAGCGUCAGGUACUACGGACAAUUAUGAGCAUUUUCGAUCCCCUUGGGCUCAUAGCCCAUUAUGUAGUCCAUGGAAAGAUUCUGAUGCAGGAGAUAUGGAAGCACGGGUCAGACUGGGAUGAACGAAUUCCGGAUGAGCUGUUUGAAAAAUGGAACCGCUGCUGUGAACUUUUGAAAAAUUUGGAUGUCGUGCGAGUUCCUCGUUGCUUCUUCAGUGGAAUGGUGAGUAACGAGUUUGAAAAUCUCCAGUUACAUAUGUUUGUGGAUGCCAGUGAAGCAGCGUAUGCGUGCGUUGCUUAUUUGAGGGUUCUGCAUCACGAUGUUCCUCGAUGCGCAUUUGUGGCGGCGAAAACCAAAGUUGCUCCCUUACGCCCUCUAUCCAUACCGCGCCUUGAACUCCAGGCUGCCCUUAAAGGCAGCAGAGAAAUGAAUAACAUUUGUUCGUCUUUGGAUCUCCAUAUAAAACAACGCUUUCUAUGGACCGAUUCACAAACCGUCCUUGCUUGGCUCCGUUCAGAUAGCAGAAAAUAUCACCAGUUUGUUAGCUACAGAGUAGGAGAAAUUUUAAGCACGACGACUAUUAGUGAAUGGCGUUAUAUUCCUUCGAAACUAAAUGUUGCUGAUAAGGCCACGAAAUGGGACAGCGGCCCUGAUUUCUCUCCGAACAACACCUGGUUUACAGGGCCUCAGUUUCUACUUGACCCAGAGUCAGAAUGGCCACAAGAUAAAAAAGUUAGUAAUACCAUCCAGGAUGUGAGAAUUCAUUUUCUGCACCAUUUUGAAGCGCCAACUUAUUUCAUCAUUGAUCCUUGUCGAUUUUCUCUCUGGAGCCGCUUAUUGAGAAGCACAACCUAUGUAAUAAGAGCAAGCAAUAAAUUCCGAAAGUCAGGCAAAUCCGGAAUCCUUACAUCGGAAGAAUUCCUAACAGCUGAGAACGUGCUUUGGCGACAAGUACAGGCCGAAAGUUUUCCAGCAGAAUAUGCGUCAUUGAAAUCGAAUCAAAAUUGCGUUGGUAAACACAGCGAACUGUACAAACUUUCUCCGUUUUUGGAUGACUACGGUGUAAUGAGAAUUGAUAGCAGAAUUAGAGAAGCCCCCACAGCUCCGUACAAUACUAAAUUUCCAAUAAUACUACCAAAAACUCAUCGAAUUACCUUUUUAUUGGUAGACAGUUUCCACCGCCGUUUUGUUCACGGAAAUGCUGAAACUAUUCUGAACGAAAUGCGUCAACAAUUUCAUGUAACUAGUCUUCGAUCAGUCAUUAAGAAAGUUGCGAAAAAUUGCCUUCUUUGUCGAAUUAAAGGUGCUUUGCCAAGACCGCCUAGAAUGGCUCCUCUGCCAAUGGUCCGCUUGACUCCUUAUAUCCGACCCUUUACCCAUACCGGCAUCGAUUAUUUUGGCCCAAUUUUAGUUAAACAAAAUCGUAGUCUCGUUAAACGUUGGGGAGUACUGUUCACUUGUUUGACAAUAAGGGCCGUUCACAUCGAAGUCGCUCACAGCCUUUCAUCAAACGCAUGUAUUCUAGCUAUAAGGCGAUUCAUAGCGCGAAGAGGAUCACCCACAUCGUUUUACUCUGAUCAGGGCACGAACUUUCGCGGGGCGAAAAACAUACUGCUUGAACAAAUUCAAAACAUCCAAACCGAUUGCGCAGCUACGUUCACAAACUCCAAUACACGCUGGAUUUUGAAUCCUCCAGCUACUCCACACAUGGGAGGUGCGUGGGAGCGCAUGGUCAGAUCCAUUAAAAGGGCCAUGGAAGGAAUUGCUGAUUACUGUCGAAACCCGUGUGAUGAAGUUUUAGAGACUGUUGUUCUCGAAGCAGAAGCCAUAGUCAACUCAAGACCCCUGACUUACAUUCCGAUCAGCUCAGAGACAGAUGAGGCAAUUACUCCGAAUCAUUUCCUGCUUUAUGGAGACAAGGGAAUUACCCAGCCUAUGAGCGAAACGAAAUCAGAAGGAAAUGUUCUUAGGGAUAGUUGGCAGCUGGCAAGUAAACUUGCAGAUGUUUUUUGGAGCAGAUGGAUCCAUGAAUAUCUACCAACCCUGACCAGACGAACAAAAUGGUUCGAACCAAUUAAACCUCUCAAACCAGGUGAUGUCGUUAUAUUGGUGGAUGAAAAAAGGCGGAAUGGGUGGACAAAAGGGUUAGUUCUGGAAGUUAUCAAAGGGAUAGAUAACCAAGUGCGGUGGGCGAAGAUAAAGACAUCAAUGGGAAUUACUGAAAAAUCAGUUGUAAACUUGGCGUUGUUAGACAUCAGAUCCGCUUCGCAGAACGAGGAGUAUCCAGCAUCGCCGACACUACACGGAGAGGGGGAUGUUGCGGGUACCCCUGGUAUUGGGCAACCUUAG